GGGGGCCGGGCCGGGCCGCGCGCCGCGCUAUGGCGCUGCCGGCGCUGUCGAGCUCGGGGGUGAAGUUCCGGCGGGUCCUGGCGCACUUCCCUCAAGAGCUCAGCCUGGCCUUCGCGUACGGGUCCGGGGUGUUCCGGCAGGCGGGGGCCUCGGCCGGGCCCGGCGAGAACAACAUGCUGGACUUUGUGUUUGCUGUUGAUGAUGCUGUGACAUGGCAUAUGAUGAACUUAACAAAGAACAGGAGUCAUUAUUCCUUCCUAAAAUUUUUGGGGCCAAAACAGAUAAACAGUGUGCAGAACUACGGAGCAGGGAUUUACUACAAUACGUUAGUGCCAUGUAAUGGUAGGAUGAUAAAAUAUGGUGUAAUUAGCACUGAUACCCUGAUUGAUGAUUUACUGCACUGGAAAACCCUCUACGUGGCUGGACGCCUACAGAAGCCGGUGAAAAUCCUGACACAGAAUGAGAAUAGCAAGCUACAAGCUGCUCUUGUGAGCAAUCUGAAGAGUGCAGUCACAGCAGCCUUUCUCAUGUUACCAGAAAGCUUCUCAGAAGAAGACCUCUAUAUGCAGAUUGCAGGACUCUCCUAUACUGGUGAUUUCAGAAUGAUAGUAGGAGAAGACAGAUCGAAAGUGCAGAACAUAGUGGAACCUAAUGUUCCCCAUUUUCAGAAGCUGUACAGUAACAUACUGCAGGACUGCCCUCAAGUGGUAUACAAGCACCAUCUGGGAAGGCUAGAGGCAAAUAAAAGUCCAGAAGGUCAAUUUGCACAAUUGAUGUCUUUGCCAAGGACUCUGCAACAAAAGAUAACUUCUCUGGUAGACCCUCCUGGAAAAAACAGAGAUGUGGAAGAAAUCCUAUUGCAAGUUGCCCAUGACCCUGACUGUGGAUUUGUGGUGCAUCAAGGCAUUUCAAGAAUUGUAAGAUCUUCCAGUGUAGUGCAGAGUGCUAAAACCAUACUAACAGCUGGUGUGCUUGCUGGAAAACUCGUAACAACAGAGAAUACUGAUCCCAGUGGUAGAAACAGACCCCAACAGAUACAAAUGAGCAGCACAAGGAAAGAUUCAGGAUGGAGUCAUGACCUUCUGAAUGAAAUAGUUCCCAGGCUGUGUGGGAAACGGUCUAAGUGGGCCUUAACUCCAACUCAUGGAGGGGAUGCUCACUGCUGCUGAGGAUUCAUCCACGACAGAUUCAGUGAGAUCACUCUGAGUGAAACUGUAUUUUUCUGUGUGUGUGACUUCUGGAAAAUGAAUACUGUCAGCAGAAAAAUACAGUUGCUUUUUAAAAAAUGCCAGCUGCUGCACGCUGGACUGUUGGGAAUCUGUCCAUGUUCUGAAUACAUUUACCAGAAAAUGAAGGCUGACAACUGAAAUCUUACUCCAAGUUUUGCCUCAUUUGUCUUCUCUUUAUGUCUGUAAAUCAAAAUGUAACUAUUGCAUUUUCGUAAUUCCCAGAAUUCCUUAUGGAUGCAGACUUUCCUGGGUGCUGCAUAGAAAUGUACAAGCUGAAAGAAAAUAGGACAUCUGUGGUGCACAGAUGGAGCAAAAACUUAUCCAGAGUAAGCAAUAUGACCAAAU